AUGGAGAACAACCUGACAACUAUAGUAGAGUUUAUUCUCCUAGGCUUCUCCCAGAAUCAUAGAAUGCAAUCGCUUCUCUUCCUCCUUUUCCUUGCCAUUUAUACCACAACUUGGCUGGGAAAUCUCACCAUUAUAAUUACAGUAUUUCUCACCCCUGCUCUGCAUACACCCAUGUAUUUCCUGCUUGCUAACUUGGCUGUUGUAGACAUCAGUGAAUCUUCUGUCACAUCACUCAAAAUGUUGUGGAAUCUCUUCUCUCACACUCAUACCAUUUCUUACAAUUGGUGCAUUGCACAGAUUUUUUUCAUUCAUUUAACAGGGGGCACAGUGGUCUUCUUACUAAUUGCAAUGGCUGUUGACAGAUAUAUUGCUAUUUAUAAGCCCCUACAAUAUUUAAUUAUCAUGAAGAAAGAAAUUUGCAUAGGACUGGUAGCAGGGGCAUGGUUAGGUGGCUUUGCUCACUCCAUUAUCCAGGUUGGAAUUCUCCUUCAGCUCCCUUUCUGCAAAUCCAACAUUUUGGAUAAUUUCUACUGUGACAUUCCUCAACUUAUCAAGCUGGCAUGUGCUGAUACAUACACACCUGAGAAGACUACCAGACGUUAUCACCUGAAGAGGACUGUAAUUAAAAGAAGUGAAACGAACACAGUAUAUAUCAUAGUUAUGAGUUUAAAUUUUGUUCCAGGGAUGUUCAUUUAUGACCGCCCUUUCAAGGUAUUUGAAGCAGACAAGAUUGUUUCAGUGCUCUACACUCUUUUGACCCCAAUGCUGAAUUCCAUGAUCUUCACUCUUCGGAAUAAGGAGAUGAAACUCACCAUUAAGAAGCUCAUGAGAAAAUGCUAUCUUUUUAAAUAG